AGCCGCCGCCGAGUGCCAUCAGCCUGUCGUCGGCUACCGUGCCCGGCCCUCGUCCCGCUCCUCCCCGCUCGCUUGCCGCGCCGUGUCAGGUGCCGCGGGGUGGGCAGUGCGCCUGUGCGGCGGCCACUGGGCGCCGCGGACCGGAGCGGCGGCAGCAGGAGGCGGUGGUGGUGGCCACCGGCUGAGGAAGAUGGCGGAGCCGGGGGCUGCGCGCAGCUACCCGCGGGCGACAGCCUUUGAUGGAUUUCUGAAAACUGAUGAAAGACAGAGACUGGCAAAGGAGAGAAGAGAAGAAAGGGAGAAGUACCUCGCUGCUAGGGAACAGCAGAUACUGGAGAAGGAGAGAAGAGCAAAACUUCAAUAUGAAAAGCAAAUGGAGGAGCGAUGGAAAAGAUUGGAGGAGCAGAGGCAGAGGGAGGAGCAGAAGAGAGCAGCUGUUGAAGAAAAAAGGAGACAAAAGCUUAAAGAAGAGGAGGAACGUUUAGAAGCCAUGAUGCGUCGAUCCCUUGAACGCAGCCAGCAACUGGAACAGAAGCAGAAGCGAUGGUCGUGGGGAGGAGCACUAGCUGCAGGCUCAGGAGGGAGAGAUGGUGAAUCAGAAAAUACCCCACCCCCUGUUCUAGGUUUAGCUGCCAACACCCUUCCUCCAGACCCUGUGACCUCUACUGCUCCUGCUGAUUCCCUCAAUGCAUGUGACAAACUUUCAGCUUCUACAAUGAAUCUGCCAAAGCAAAUGGAAUCACCAAUCAGUAAGCGCCUUUCCUCCUCCACAGCGGCCAUAACACAUUCCCCCGACAGAGCUCACCGCAUGCAUCUUAGUCCAAUGGAAAACUUUAUUGUUUCUCGACUGCUGACUCCCACACAGUCAUCUUUAGCCAGAAGCAGAAGUACAUUAAUGCUUUCUGAGUACAAUAAUCCAGUAUUCCAUAUCUGUCCUCGUGUAGCACCAGCUAGUCCUCUUAAAUCUCCCUACAAGAAUUCCCCCACCCGAAGCACUGACAGAAAGAAGGCAACUUCACCCUCCACUUCCAAUGCCAUGAAAGGAGCAGCUGCAGCUGAAGUUACUCAGACUGAGAAGAUAAAGAAAGAGAAGCGACCUGCAACACCUGGUUCAUCAUCUGGCAUGGGAUCUCCUCUAAGAAGGUCUGAUUCUCCUGCUGCCAUGUCCAGAAGAUCUGCAUCACCUGCAACACCGAAGACAGUUGCAAAGACUUAUCCUCAGUCUCCUAAAAACACUAAACAAUAUCCAGCUUCUCCUGUGAAGCAUCGUGCAACUUCUAAUCUCAACCAGGAAACUCCUAAAAAGAAAGUAGACAAGGAGAAAGAAAAUGUCAGUCAUCCAAAAUCCCCAGGAGCACAUACUGAUGAGGCAGGCCAGAUGGCUUCUGAGAAACAUGUCCCUUCUGCAGGAAAGACUGAAAAUGUUGAAGGGAAGAUCACGGUAGGAACAACUGAUGCAGAAGAAGCAGCAAAAAUUCUAGCUGAAAAAAGACGACAGGCCCGCCUGCAAAAAGAGCGAGAAGAAAGAGAGAGACAGGAGAGAGAAGAACGGGAGAGGCUUGAAAGAGAAGAACAGAAAAGAAAGGCAGAAGAAGAAAGACUUCGUCUAGAGGAAGAAGCUCGUAAGAAGGAAGAGGAAAGAAAAUGUGAGGAAGAAGCAGCUAGGAAAAAGGCAGAAGAGGAAGCCAGAAAAAGAGCUGAGGAAGAACAAAUGCUAAAGGAAAGGCAAGAAAAAGAGCUCCAGGCCAAACUUGAGAAACAGAGGGAAGAAGCAGAAAUCAAAGCCCGUGAGGCAGCUGAGCAGCUUCGUCUUGAAAGGGAGCAAAUCAUGCAGCAAAUUGAGCAAGAAAGGCUGGAGCGGAAGAAGAGAAUAGAUGAAAUAAUGAAGAGAACAAGGAGGAGUGAAGCACCAGAAAUAAAGAAGGAAGAGACAAAACAGGAGGUACCAUCAACUUUGAAUGUGGAAAGGCAACCAAAGGCCCUUGUUCUCAACCAGCCAGAGAUCAAUGGAUUGGCAACCUGCCUGAAAAAUAAAAGUUUAGAAAGUGCUGUCCCUGUAAUCCCUUCCCAAGAUGUAGUUGCUAAUGGAUUAAAGUCAGCCCCAGGACUUACUCAGCUGGAAGCUGUUAACGGGAAGUCUAACAGCAUGGAAGAUUCAAUGGAUGAGGUUCAGUCCAUGGAUGUGAGCCCAGUUUCAAAAGAAGAACUAAUCUCUAUCCCUGAAUAUUCACCCAUGAAUGAACUCAUGCCUGGUGUUUCUUUGGAUGAGAAUGGAACAAGUAAUGCCAAAGCUCUUGAAGAUCUCUUGGAUUUCACAGGCCAAGCUACGUACUCCAAGAUGUCCAGUGAUACCAUUAGCCUAGAUGACUGUAACAAAAACUUGAUUGAGGGAUUUAACAGUCCAGGACAGGAAAAUACACUUAAUUCUAUCUGUUGACAACCUCACUUUUCAGCAGAACAGAUAAAGAGGUAGCGAUUUGUGGAGGAGCUAUAUCCCAGUGAUGCUACUGGAAGUAAAAUAUGAGCUUGUCACUUGAAAGAGCUUCUGCAGUCCUUGAGCACUGGAUUUCAGAUAAUCAGAGCUGACUACAACUGUGUCUUCCCAGGGAAUAUGUUGAAUAACUGGCUGCUUUUGGUAGAAACCAGUGAUCUAGAGGCGUGAUGGUUUCAGGGAAGACUCGAGUGUGCAUUAGAAUUUGAGCUUUAGCUGCUAAUAAAGCACUUACUACUUCUUUUAAUUUAAAACUCAUCUCAACACCUCACUGUGACACCUGUGCAUUUUAUUUUUGAAAUAGUUUUUCCCUCAGCUUUAUCAUUCAUUCAUUUAGAUGUCUUUUUCUUGUAAAUAAUGAUGAGUUUUGCCCACAGUGCAUUGAAAUGAAAUAAUAUACUGGACAUUAGUUUUGUGCCUAUCUUUUUUUUGUCUUUAAUAAGGAGUUAUUGGCAACUCUUAUGCAGGUGUAUAAUUCAAAACUAUGCCCAAAGAGGCUUAAGAUAUACAACUUCUGGAAUCAGAAGAACAUUUUCACUGACUGUGGAGUGUGGGAGCUAUCCUGUUAUGACUGACACUUUUAGUCACUAGUAGCACUUACUGGUUAAUACUAAUUAUUUCAGGAGUGACUGUCAACUAUGUGUUUAAAAAUAUACUUGUGUAACACCUGUAAACAAUGUAGGCAAAACGCCUGGUGUAAUCCUUUAAUAUAUAUAUCUCUCUAUAUAUAUAGUAUAGCUGUAGUAGAUCCAAGUGAUGAGUGGUCAGGGGGCUGAGAUUAUAUGUUAAUCUUUGAAGAUGCAGACACUUGAUUAAUACCAGCAGGCUUUCUAUCAUGUGGGGAAGUAUUUUGUCUUCCUGUAGGCUCUACAAAACAAGAUUCAGACAGCAGCAAAACAACAUCUGAAUGUUGCAGCAGAAAUCCAAAGGCCAAGGCAUACAUGGGGAACACUUGUAGCCCCCUUAUUCUCUAAGCAUCUGUAUGGAAGAAGUCACAUUGAGAUGUAUAAUGUCUAGCCAUUAUGUGCCAUACAGUACUAACUUUAUUUCUGCGGGUGAACUACGAUAAUUUCAUGCUGGAUCUUGUGCUGCUUUGAGAACACUUUUGCCCAAUUCCAUAUAAAAAUAAACUAUAAAUAGAGCUCUCUUUGGACACUAACACAAAAGAGGUGAAAACCUGGGGGGUGGGUUUCUUUUUUGCUUUUUUCUCCACUAGUAAGGGAGUUCACAGUAUAGCUUGAGCUCAGUUUUGUAUCCCCAUUCUUGUGCUCUUUAAAGCCAGCAACGGGAAAGAAACCAAUGACAUCAUGUGUGAUGUGUAAAGAAAUCAUACCUACAGCAAUCCAGCUCUGUUUAUGUUGGUGUACUUCAGAGAAAUACUUUCUUUUGACUGUACAGUAAGCUGUAGCAUGGUACUGUGUCUUCCAAAUUAGCCCUUCAUCUAUUCUCUAAAUAGUAAACAAACAAAACCAGUUUGUUUUGCUGUGAUACAUUUUGUUUGACGAAUGUCAUAUUUUAUUAUGGUGUCAUUGUAUAACCUGUAGAUUUCUGUAUUUGCAUGACCUGUAUAGCAUGUAUAAAGGUGAAAUACAUUUUCAUUUAUGAAUCUAA